UUUUAAUUCAGGUUUUUCUGACGUUUGCUGUCAUGGCUGAGAGCAGCCACGUGAGUGGUAUCAAAGCGUUAUGUGCCGCUGAAAUAACUUUUUAAGUUUCUUCGAGCUUUUGUGACUGCCACUAAUGAACAGUUUGAAUGCAUAAACGGAAAGCGUCAGUUUAUAAAUCCUGAACCGUUGAAACAGAAAACCAAGAACAACUAGCUUCUAACUCCAUAAUCCACGGGAAUGGAAAAAUAUCUAAGAACGAACGCUGGAAGCAGUGAUGGAGGACAGGUUUGGUUUUUCGGGAAUAAAGCCAUUUUUCGGACAGCUGGAAAACAUUUCAAAGUUCACCGAACACCGCCAAACAUUCUAGACCCUCGAGUCAUGUAGGGCUUCGCCUUUUUUCGCCACCAGCUGGGAGGAUCUUAAUUGCUGGUUAAUUUCAGGGUGGUUGCCAAGCCGAACAGCGCUUGGUUGACUUGCCAAAGUAAACAAUUGGAGAGAAAUGAAUGAUGUCACAUGGACAAGUCGAUGGAAUAUGGACGGGAAAAUGUGUGGCCAUCAAGUUGCAACAAAAUGGCAUCCUGCAUGUAGCAAGAGCUCUAUUUCCGUUGGACUCGCCGUUCGACCUUCGCAAGCCGGAUGAUCUUUUGGCGCUUCUGGACCAGGAGAGUCGCAAAAACGACAUCCAUGAUCUGUACGAAGAUCUGCUGGCCCGUAAGACUGCCAUAGAGAAAAAGUGGAUUGAUAUUGAUAAAAACUCAAAUGUGGCCUCGAAAGUCACGAGUGAAGAUGUGGACUGUUUGGCUGCACACAAUCUGUAUGGUGAUGUGGAUUUUUACAACAACAUUGCCACUAAUGGGUCGGAAAGGGGCAUUGCCAUUGCAAUGCCCAAGAAGAUUAAUAUGGGGAAAGUGAAGGCUUCCAAAGAACUCAAAGUGCCUCUAUGUAUGCAAUUGACUCCUGCCCGAUGGUCGGAAUCGCUAAUCAACAAGACAAACUUGACAAUUCAGCCAGAGGAAGCCCUGCGAAAGACGUUUUUGCCAGUCAAGUCUUUGGAACAGUUCGGUUACUAUAUUGUAAAAUCUUUGAAGCAGAAUUCCACUUCAUGGGUACAUUACAAUCUGGCUUCGUUCUACUGGAGAAUUAAAGGCGAAGGCGACAAAGCCAUCGACUGCUUGAAACUCGCCAUACAAUUCGUUACAGGGAAUUUCGAGGAUAUUCCGCUGCAUAACCUGGCAGGAAUCUUGCAUCAAUCUCGUCACUCCAAGGAGGCGAUCCAGAUCCUACACAGCGCCAUUCAAUUCGCACCGAAAGAACCCAAACACUAUUUGGCAAUGGCCAACAUCUAUGCAGCUUUGCGUGACUUUAACAGUUCGAUCUCUUACUACGAGAAGUUCUUGGAGCUGGAUCCGCAUAAUCAGGAGGCCGCUAGUAAUAGACAUGCUGUUCUCUGCUACUACAAGUUGGAAACGGCUCUCACCUCAUUUCAGAGCGAGUUGCAAAAUAUUCUCGCAGAACUGCAUGACUAUCACAGCGUUCAACAGCAGUGGCUGCGACUACAAGAACGGCUAAAGUGGGAAACUGCCUCAUUUGACUAUCAGUAUGAAGCGAUGGAUCUUGAAAUAAUCGACACACCUAAAAAAGUGCAGAGAUGUAUGAAGAAAAGUACCGGGGGCAAACCAGUGAUUUCUUGCGAUUUCUACGAAAAGGCGCCAAAAGUAGACAGGGUGAAUCUGCAAAGUCUGUUCCAAAUCGUGGAAAACGAGAAACAGAAGCUGAUCGUUCAGCAUCCCCUUAAUUUGCACAAGAAGGAAAUUGGGCUGGAGAAAUUGAAACUAAAGGAGCGUCCCAUUGUGAUGGGAUACCCAAAAUUUCCCAUCAGCAUGCCGAUUAAAUAUGAUCUGUAUUUCGACAAAACCGGCUGGCCGACAAAGGAGGAGUGUCUUGAGUGGAACCUGCCAUUGGAGGAAGAAGACAACCUCAACCUACCAAUCUUUCUGCCCCCUGACAACAAGGGCUACUUGCUAAAAAAGGCGAUUACUGACGAUCUGAACCUUCCGAAUGGUACGCAGCACGAGUUGCCCUGGUACCCGCCAAUUUGUGAGGCCCCAGACGUUAACGGAGAGAAGUUUUUGCCAUUGAACGAAAGACAUCAGCUUGAUGUUGAGCGGAAGAGUGACGGGUAUUUGAAAAAGACGCUUUUGGAGUAUGUGAACGAAGGGUACACGGAUAAGCACGAAAUUGGGCAGAGAAUUAUCAGCGCUUUGGACAAGAAAACCGCCCCUAGAUGGGUUUUAGCCACCUUGGCCAGCCUCUAUUGGCGAAUCAGGGGCAACAUCAGGAAAACCCUAGACUGUCUUGAUAUGGCCUAUCAAAGCGCCCCCAAGGAGCACAUGGAUGUCGUUUUGGUUUCUUUGGGUUCAACUGUUAAGCUUCUAGGGAUGCCGGAUCAGUCCCUAAAGUUCGCCAACUCGGCCUUUAAAAUCAAUUACAUUGAACCUGCCACCAAUUUCCUGCUGGCCCUGCUCAAAUAUGAAGAUGGUGACAUCAUUGCCGCCAUGAACAACUUGAAAAAUAUUCUGCGCGCCGAUCCAGGGUUUUAUAAUGGAAUGGCCGAGAAACUGCUCAAGGUUUGGUCAUGUAGAAUCAAGCUGGGCACAGGCCCAAUCAACACCGAAGUAAAGCAGCCACUCUGCACCAAAACAAAGACGCUUAAAGGUGGAUUGAUUCAUUGCGAUGAGAAAAACAUGCAUUGCAAGCACGAGGAUAUUGAAUGCGUUAGAGUGGAUAAGCAGCGCAAUUCUGAUAUUUUCGAACAGUGCAAGGACAGCCCUAACAUGAAUUUAGGCGAUAGAAUUAUGACUACUCUUGCCGCGGCGGAGAUUCGAGAUGAUGAUGAACAUUCGCGCUCCUUGAUGGGCCUGUCUUUGGGAGGCGAGCAUUUUUUGGAUAAGUACAAAAGCAGCGACGCAAAUGGAGAUUUCAAUGUUUCUUUGGCUGAAAACGACAUUUCCGAUAGCGAGCCACGGCUGAACAUUUCACAUCAUGACCAGACUCACCUUUUAUCCACUUCAGUGUGCCAGCGCGUUAAUCUGCUGCAGCCUUUCAAGUAUUCUCAGCUUUGGGAGUUUAUCAAAUUCCACAUGAUUGAUAUUGAGCCCUACUUGAAUGCACCCUCAUUAAAAACGCCCAAAGACUCCAAACCUAAUUGCAUCCAAAUGAUGAAUCCGCACAUGUCAUAUCGCUUGGAUGAGGUAACGUUGAAGGUUCUGGGCGCUAAACUACCGAAUGUGUACGAUCGGAACCUGACGGAGUUUCUGCAGUUGAUUUGCGGAAGUCGAAAAUCCAACGCAAGGGAACUGGGGGUUAAAAUCAGUGAAGCUUUAGCUUUGGACAGUACGAAUUGGAAGUUGCUGAUGGCUUCAGCCAUUUACUGGAUUGUGUAUGGAAAUAUGGAAUCGGCCGCAAUUUGCAUCCGGAGCGCUCUGGCGAAAGUGCCGACUUCGCACUUGGAUAUUCCGCUCACAUUCUUCAGCCACUUACUAGCAAACGCUGGUUGGCAUCAAGAGAGUCUGGAAAUGGCCUAUUUAGCUGUGACAGUCAGUCCGCAGAAUGUGUGGAACCACUUCAGAGUGGCCGAGAUGUUUAUCAAACUGGGCAAGUUUGAGGAUGCAGUCCCCUACUUGAAAGCCAGUUUACAGGAAAAUGCGCAAUUUUUUCCGGCUCAAGUGAGGCUGAAGGCAGUGCUUUGCAAGCUGCUGUUCGAAGAUGGCUACAAUCAUGGCAGCAUUACAGCGAAGAUUGUAGAUGACUAAAAAACGUGAGUAUAAUAUGUCGGUUCUUGCAAAUUUAAAAAGAUUUCGUGAUUAACUGACCUGGAAGCUAUUUUCCACACGCUUUCUUGACACAUUUCCUAUGCAUUUCCGUUGUCAUUCUACCGUUAAUCCUCUGGAUGCGAUUAGUAUUCGUUUUGUGAUCGUGAAGAAAACUGAAAAGAUCGCACCCCCUUUGAAAUCAAAUGGGGAUGAGAAUCCACAGAGAAAAACAGCUAACUUUGAUCAAUUUAUGUGAUACUUACUAUUAGAUUUGGCGUCCAAUUCUCAAUGUUUCUCCCCCAAUCUGUUAAAGAAUCGCAAUCGAAUGUUUGAUUGCGAUUGUAGCCCAUUGUAGGUAGGUACCUAAAAAUCAUUCACUUGUGUAAAAGUGUACUGUCUAGAUGUUUACCCAAUUUUUUCCUAAAUAUAUUUGAAAAUAUAUGGAUCUACAUUGAAAACUGUC